UAUUUCAUCAUAUUAUAUGAAGAGAUGAUUUAAUCUUAAUAUCGUCGUAGGCUUUUCUUUGGAUCAAUAAUGUGUGACCUCAGGUGAUCUCUAAUAUGAUCAUUUAAAACAGGUAUUUCGUAAGAAAGCGGAGUUAUUCUGACUGAUAAAAAAAUUAGGUCAUUUAAGGUCAAAAUUAAGUAAACAAAUGAAGUGCACGCGUUCGCAGCUCCUCGGGAAUUCCAAAACAUUAGAUGUGAACUGACAAUGGAUCGACAGAAACUGCUGGAUUUGGCGGGAUUUGCGGCUGUGGGCUGCAGCGCUUAUUUUUCGGGGGCGGCAUGGUACAUCAAUCUGGUACAUGUACCCACACUUUUUAGAACGGUACACGACACCAAGACACUGCUGAACGAGUGGAGAUUGUGCUACUCACUCUCUCGAAAGUACCAGGGUAAACUGGCGUUACUAGGCGCCUCCUCGGCGGCGGCCGUGUGGUACUUUAGUGACGUCAGUGACCACCGCUGGUUGUGGCUGGCUGGCGGCCUUACCUUUAUAUCGGUGUGGCCUUGGACAUUGCUGGUCAUGAUCCCCGAUAUAAACCGACUACUGGACGAGACCGUCCUUGAGAGAAAAGGUGAAACUUGGGUGAGAGAAAGAAUCCAGGUGUGGAAUAAACGACACGCCGUCAGAAGCCUUGUGUCCAGUUUGGCCUUUGAUUUGUUUAUGGCCGCUAUCUACUUGAACCGGAUGACGUAGGAGGAAGUACGUCUUCAACCGGACGACAAUUACGGAGACCGGAAAUGAAUAACCUAAGGUUAUUCUUUAGAAGGGGAACGGAGUUGUUAAGUUCGCAUGAAAUGAAUAAAUGUAGUUCAUAGUUUAGUUAGCGACUCCAGAGGCUGUAAGAGACAUUUAUCGACAGGGACAAGUAGUUAUGUAGUAUUAGGUGUAGUGUCCCGUAUAAAAUGUUUUAUUGGACGUUCAGUAUGUAUCUUUGGCAAAUGGAAGUUCUGAAUUCAUCCUGUAAGAUUUAUCAUAAAAGUGAUCUUCGUAGAACUACUGCAUAAUAAAAAUUACCUGUCGAUAUGAUAAUGUUUUAAUUACUUUUUUCAUAGCUGACUGUGACUCAUAUGCGCUUUCAUGCCCUUUUGAAUUGAAGAACAAGUUGUGUUU